AUGUGUAAGUCAAAUCAUUCUUUUCAUAACGCCGGCCGCGGUCGGGCCGGGCGAGUAUAUGGAGUGGAAUGUGAUGUGAGUAGUGAACCGGAAGAUGAUAUUUUUUAUAUUUCGUCCGUCGACUGCAGUGACGAUUCAGGGGGCUGGUUUCAAAUAUUAACGUGCGAAAAUGGAUAUGAAAAUUUUAAAUUGGACUCGGGGGCCGAUUUUAAUAUAAUAUCCUUUAGUACAUUUUUGAAAUUAGGUUUCGAUCCGAAUAUAAUUGUAAAAAAGAAACUAUCUUUAAUAUCAUACACGCAUGAUAUGAUUCCAUUAAAAGGAAUCUGUACUAUACCUUGGUAUUAUAAAAAUAUUAUUUAUAAUCUUAAAUUUGCUGUAGCGGACAUGGAAUGUAGCAGCGUGCUGGGACGGAACUCUUGCGAGGAGUUAGGGCUAAUCAAGCGUAUAAUGUCUAUAAAUUACCCGCAGGCGAAUGGUAAAAGUGAACGCGCUGUUCAAACUAUUAAAAUGAUUUUAAAGAAGUCUAUCAAAAGUAACGGAGAUUUUGAUUUAGCUCUUCUUAACUAUAGAAAUACACCUAGGGAUGGGUUGAGUUCUCCUGCGCAGUUGCUGAUGGGUCGCAGGUUGCGUUGUCAAUUGCCAGUACAUGAAAACCUAUUAAAACCAAAACCUGUCGAUCCUUCUGAGUACCGAACUAUGUUACAUAAACAAAAUAACAAUAAAAUGUACUAUGAUCAACACAGUAAAACUCUUCCUAUGUUAAGAGACGGUGACUCAGUAAUCUGUAUAGAUGGAAAGGUUAGGAGCAGAGGAAAGAUAGUGGGGCGCGCUAACACUCCUCGUUCUUACAUUGUUAAAAAUAGUGUCGGUGCCAGGUAUAGGCGAAAUCGCCGUCACUUGAUUAGGUGUGAAAGUGAUCCACAAUCAAUGCAUAGCGACGAUGUUAAAGAUGAGCAGUAUAGCGAUGCGUGUGAGUAUUCAUGUACUAGCAGUGACGAGGCUUCGAAUCCUAAUAGUGAACAGCUCAUCCGCAAAGCUAAAGCAGUAGCUAUUCAACGCCUACGGAAAAAAUUGUAA